AUGAAAGAGGCAUUUCAGCUGCCACCGGCCAUCACCGCCCCGACCUCAGCAGAUGUCCUGGAGUUGGACAUCAGGGUGGCGGGGGCGCGCGGCGGGAUAAUGGGAAAUUCGUACGCGGGACAGCUGAAAUCUGCUCGGUUUGAGGAGGCUCUGCACAACUCGAUCGAGGCGUCACUGCGCUCCACCAGCGGAGACCCACAGCCCAUUUUCACCCAGCUCUACUUGGAGCCGGAGUCAUAUCCAGUUAUGAAAGUAAAGUUACAAAAGAAUUUCGAUGACUACCUUCAAACUCUUUGCUCCACUUCCCUCUCCAGCGCUCUGUCUGGCUCUGUGUGUCACGGGGAGCUGCAGGGUCUAGCUGACCGGGUGGUGAACUGCCAGGAAGUCCUCAGCGCCAUCAACCUUUUGGUCCUGCAGGUCAGCUGCUUUCCGUACACCCUGCAGACCCGCCAGUCCCGCAUCAGCAUCCACAAUGAAAUUCACUGGCCUUCCAGUGAGACUCUGCAGAGGGAGCAGUCCCCUGAUGAUUUGGUCUACUUUGGCCUGAGGGACUACAGCAGCUCCCUGCAGUGGGGUGUGGCCAGCCCCAUCCUGCGCUGUGACGAUGCAUUUGAGAAGAUGGUUCACACUCUGCUGGAGAGACAUCCCCACCUCCACAGCAUGGUGAUCCGCAGCUAUCUGCUGAUACAGCAGUACACAGAGGCCAUGAUGGCUCUGACCUCUUCCCCAUCCCUGAGGGACCACAUAACCCCGGAGACCUUGGCCAUGGUUGAAGACCUGAUCAGCGCGCCAAGCCGAGAGGGCUCCCAUGGCCGUGGCCACAUGCUGCUGGUCCGUGUCCCCUCCCUUCAGCUGGCGAUGCUGGCGCGAGAGAGAUUAGAGGAUGUGAGGGACAAGCUGGGCCUCCAGCUGUGCUUCGCCGUACUGCUGGGAAGUCCUGCGUCUGAACUCAACCUGUCCAAAAACUUCAUCAGCCUUCUCAAGAUGUGGCGCAGCUGUGAGAAUGAAGAGUGGGUGCCACACACAUAUGAGGAUCUGGAAGGGUUGCCCUGUAUCAUCAUUCUCACAGGAAAAGAUCCUCUAGGAGAAACUUUCCCCAGGUCUCUGAAAUACACUGACCUGCGUCUGAUAGACUCCAGCUACCUGACUCGGACAGCCCUGGAGCAGGAGGUGGGUCUGGCCUGCACCUAUGUGUCUAUGGGUGUGGUCCAAGAGUCCAGGAUGGCCACGGCUCCUCGGGAGUCAGAUGGUGAGAAGAGCGCCAUCAGCCUGAAUGAUGGAGACGAGCUGGAGAGGCCUCAGAGCAACGGCAGCGCAGCAACCAGAACAUCUGGCUCCCUGGCUGAGAACGGCGUCAGCUCAUCAGACGUCGCAGAUUCUUUCCAGAAGCCCUCCACUUCCAGCUCCCAACUCGACGCUUCCGUGACCUCGGAUAUCGGCACAGUAACCGAAGGAAUCAAGCAGGAGUGCGACUCUCCGGGAAGCCAGCUCCCCUCCAACCCUCCUAAAGUCUCCAACCCCGCUCCAUCUCUUUACUCCAGCUCCUCGUCGUCUUCCCCUUCCACCUCCUCCUCCUCCACCCAGAGGCCCAGCCAGUCCACGCAGUGUGCACGAGCGUCCAAGUCCUCUAGGGUGUCCCCUCGGACGGUCAUCUUGUCACGAGCGGCGUACAACCUGCUGGCAGGGGAGUCAGGGAGUCAGCUGAGCUCGUUCUCACUGCUGGCUCAUGCGGAUGUAGCCUGGAGCAGUCCGCUGAGACCCCCGAUCACUCACAACCUGCAGGGGGCAGAGCAGAGCACGUACUACCGCCAGUGGACUGUUGCCAGGCAACAUCACGCUGACUAUGAAGCCACACCUGAGCCACAUCCACGUCGCCUGCUGCUCAGCGGACCCCCACAGGUGGGAAAAACAGGAGCCUACCUGCAGUUUCUGCGCAUCCUGUUUCGAAUGCUCAUAAGACUGCUGGAGGUGGAUGUGUAUGAUGAGGAAGAAGUCGACGAGGAAGAAACUUCAGAGGUUACAACCGUGGUGAAUUCCCAGUGGCCUGACAUUGAGGAUGUUCGAAAGCUGCCCUUUGACUCCAAUCCCCGGGAGCCCAAGUUCAGGAAUGCCAGCCCUGUUUACACUGACAAGAUGCCAAAGUGCUUGAAAGAGGUAAAGCAAGAAGAGAGCCAAACUCAAGUCAAACGAGUGACCAAGUCCAUACGGCUCAGUAGGUUUGCUGCCCACAAUGCCUUUCAUCACUGUGAACAGUGUCACCACUACUGUGAGGCUGUUCCUGCAACACAGCUGUCGGAGUGCUCCUUACAUACUUUCACCUUCUGCUCGUCCAUGCUGGGGGAAGAGGUCCAACUACAGUUUUUCAUUCCUAAAGCCAAGGAGGAGCACUUUGUAUUCAGCCAUGAAGGCAGCCACCUGGAGAGCUUACGUCUGCCUCUGGUCUCUACAAAGGACACUGACUUAUUGAAGAGUCCGAUUUUCACCCCAACAACAGGACGUCAAGAGCAUGGCCUGCUUAACCUUUUCCACACCAUGGAGGGUGCCUCUCAUCUGCACAUCCUAGUGGUCAAACAGUUUGAGAUGCCCCAUUACAGGAAGUACUGGCCCAAUCACAUCCUGCUUGUCCUGCCCGCCAUGUUUAACAACGCUGGAGUUGGAGCUGCCCGCUUCAUGAUCAAAGAGCUGUCAUACCACAACCUGGAGCUGGAGAGAAACCGACUGGAGGAGCAAGGUAUCAGGAGACAGGAUGUAUGGCCUUUUAUUGUCAUGAUGGACGACUCCUGCGUGCUGUGGAACACCCACCAUUCUGCAGAUGGGAGUGAUACAUCAGACGGAAGCUCAACUCUCUCCAACGUGUCUCUGAAAACGGUGCUGCAGCACAUGGAAAACACACCAAAGAUCUCCCUGUAUGCAAUAUGUGGUAUUCGUAAGUGGUGCAGCAGCCUUGGGCGCAAGUCUCCUGGAAACCCCUUCAGUCGAUGCCACCUCCACGACUUCGUCCUGCUUAAUGUGGACCUUACACAGAAUGUUCAGUAUGAUCUUAAUCGGUAUGGCUGUGAGGAGGUGGACUUUAAUCUGAGGGUAAAUAGCAGUGGAUUGCUGCUGUGCCGCUUCAACAACUUCUGCCUGAUGAAGAAACACAUUCCAGUUGGAGGAAACAAAGACUUUGUGGUCAAACCUAAACUUGUGGAAAUAGAAAAUCAGGCUUCAAUCAGCCCAUCGCAGCAUGUUUGCGCCCCAGACAGCGAGCAGACCCUCCUAGAUGCUCCAGCCCAGUUUCUGCUGGAAAGUUUCCUACAGAGCUGCAGCCACAGAUUGUUUCCAAAGGCUGUUCAGAACAGAAACAACCCAGUUCUGUCCAUCGACAGCUACCUCAACCUUAGCCCAGAGAUUUCUGUGUGCUACAUCAACUCUCGUCCACACUCCACCAACCUUAACCACCAGGGUUUGGUGUUCAGUGGCCUUCUGCUUUACCUCUGUGACUCCUUCGUUGUCUCUGGACUCCUCAAGAGGUUCCGCUUUCUGAAAGGCGCCACCCUCUGCGUGAUCUGUCAGGACCGAAGUUCCCUGCGUCAGACCAUCGUCCGACUGGAGCUGGAGGACGAGUGGCAGUUCCGCCUUCGGGACGAGUUUCAGACGGCCAACUGCAGCGAGGAUCGACCCCUCUACUUUUUGACUGGUCGACACGUUUGA